CUUAGCAGAAACCUUCAGCCUCUGAAGAGGUGGAAACGCAGGACUGCAGUUGGUGGGGUCUGCGGCUGCGCAGAAGCUCAAUGUCGCUCACAUAGUUUGCGGAACAUUCUGGAAGUUUGGGCGGUUUAAGCCACGCUGAGGACUUGGAGAUGAGGUCAUAGUGAAUCACUGAACAUUAAUAAGGGGAAGACUGAUAUUUAUGGCUUUGAUGGAUAAUUCCAUACUGUUGCAAAGUGAUUUAUCAUUGGAAAAUUCGGAGGUCCAAUCAAAUGUCCAAGAUUGUGGCAUCAUUAGAAACUGGGCUGACCCAAAGAUGUACAGAUGGCUGAAAGUGGUGAAAAAGAAAAAGUGAAAUGGACAACUACUGUUAUUAUUAGCUCAUCUCUUAAGAAUUAUGAAAUUGCAACUGCUCUGGAAAAUCAAAGCCACAAGAUUCGGUAUUCAGAUUCAGUGGAAAAUGGAUCAAUUUUAUUUUCUCUUUCUGGAGUUGCAUUUUUAUUGAUGGAUGCUAACGAAUGCAUUAUGUCAGCUGAAGAAAUAUUUCUAACCAAAAUGGAGAAGUUUCUUAACAUUCACCGGAAUAGUUUUUUGGUUCUGUUUGCUGCUCUUUAUGGGCCUGAAGAAUGGAAACUGAUAUUCAGGAUUCAGCAGAGAUUCCUGGGAAGUAAAUUACGGAUACUUCCAGUACACAACACACCAAAUGCUAUCAACCUUAUGUGCACUAUAGCUAAGACUACCUCCAAACCAUAUAUGGAUAGCGUCUGCUAUAGAAUGAUAACAACUAAAGCUUACAUUGUAGAACAAAGUCCUGUUUGGAAAACACUGCAAAAGAUAAAACUGAAUAGUGAUUCAAUUAACCCAAAUUAGAGAACUAGUUAUAAGUGUUCUUUUGGAAGAACAUAAAAAUAAUCAGACCUGUUAAGUCAUAUUUAAAUAUAUAUUUACUUUAAAGAUGUUUAUGUUAACUUAAAAUAACAUGGAUACAAUUAAAAGCCAUUUUAUUUUA